UUCAACCGAACUCUUGUAUAGCAUUGGCUUGGUCUAUGGUGGAUUUGUGAUUGCUAUCUAUGUAUUCUUACUUUGGAGCUUGCCGAUGUUUUGCGUUAUGACUGGUUUUGGCGUGGCAAUCGGCAGCGUUUCCUCUAUUCCACUAUGGGCAACUCGCUUGAGUCAAGGUCUUGCUUCAGCUGCGAUUGGCCUUGUGGCAAUAGCAGCUUGGAAAAUGGCUCGAUCCAAUGCUCCAGAUAAUAUUACCAAAUUAUUGUUAAUGAUCUCGGCAUCUAUCAGCAUCAUGUACUCCGCAGCCUGGUUGUACCCAGUUCUCAUGAUAGCUGGAGGUAUCUUCACCUACGGCCUUCAUUUAUUUAAACACCUCAAGGAGAAGCCCAAGUACAACGGUUCAGGAUCGCAAGAACAACAUAAUCAACAAGCUUCGCAGCUGCAAGAUGAGCAGAAUCGACAACAGGUGUCACCUGGGCUAGAAGAGUUGGAUGACACAAACGAGGGUAUUCGCCUUCGUAAUGUCGAUAGUAUCGAAGAACAACAGUUGAACGUUGAUGAGGAGCCUCAAAUGUUUAGCUAUUCUCAAAAGCUUGGAUUAGUAUUCUUCAGCAUUUGGCUUGUCCUGCUCAUCGCCGCUAUUGUUCUCCGGUCCACUUCACUCGCCAACCAUGUCGCCCAAGUCUUCUCAACAUUUUAUUUCGUCGGUUCAAUCAUUUUUGGAGGUGGCCCUGUUGUGAUUCCACUGCUGAAACAAUACACGGUAGACGAAGGUUGGAUGACAACCAACGAAUUUGUCAUCGGUUUGGCUUUGAUCCAGUCACUUCCUGGACCUAAUUUCAACUUUGCGGCAUAUUUGGGAGCACUAGCUUUACGAGGGACUGUUGGUAAUUCGAUUGGAGGAGCCAUUUUAUCCUAUAUUGGCAUCUUUUUGCCCGGCCUUUUGCUCAAGAAUGCCGUUAUACCAUUUUGGCAACGCUUUCGCACCAAAGCAUACAUGCGCGCUUCCUUCAGAGGAGUCAAUGCCAUGGCUACUGGUUUAGUAUUUUCAGCCAUCUGGAUCUUGUGGACGCAAGUCAACACUGGUGGCGGUAAUUUGUCAUACCACCUGGUUAUUGCGAGUUUGGCUUUCGUUGCCUGCGAGUACUUUAAAAUUCCUGCCCCCAUUGUAGUUAUUUUGGGAGGUUGUAUGGGGGCCAUUGAAUAUGGAGUUCAACCAACUGCUUCAUAGAACAAGAAGAAGAAUACUGUGGUAUUAGCCUGCAUGAGCCGAAAUGCCAGUUAUUUUAGUACAUUUAAUUUUUAACAU